UCCGCUGGGGACGGGCGGGGGCGCGCGGGGCAGCAGCUUCCUGUCCCCGCCCUGGGCUGCGAGGUCUGGGGUCCCCAGGAGCCAUGAGGGGCCCGCGGGCUGCCUCCCUCCGGCCGCUGUCGCUGCUGUCGCUGGUAGUGGCGCUACUCCCUGGGACUCGCGCCCAGGGCAGCGCGGGGCUGCUGCAGUGCUUUAGAGUCGGAUCCCAGCGGAACCUGAACUGCUCCUGGGAACCGCUCCCGGACUCCAGAAACCCCAUCGUCCUGCACUUCCAAAGCCGGAAGUACCACUCCAACAGAACCCAGACAGUGGCAGUGCCCGCGGGGCAGAGUUGGGGGACCAUUGCUCGGAAGAAGUUCACCGAGGCGGACCAUCUGCUGGUCUGGGGGACUCAAGGGGGCAGGCCUCUCUGGACACCGGUCCUCGUGGACCUGGAAACCCGAGUGAAGCCCGACACCCCCCAUCUGUUACCCGGUGGCGUGGACUUCUCAGAGGAUGCACCGCUGGAGGCUACCGUGCAGUGGCAGCCACCUGAAUGGCCAUCCAAGCCCCUGAUCUGUCAGUUCUACUAUCAGAGGUGCCUGGAGCAAGGCUGGUCCCUGUCCUGGGCCCACCAGGACGGCUGGUCACCAGCUCAAGCACCCUGGGCUCCGCCCUGGGGCCUGGCUCUCUGUUCCCUCUGGCAGCUAGAGCCGGAAGUGAAGACUGUGCCUCUGAGCCCGGUGGAGAUGCAGGAGCUGGAGCUCACCUCGGCCUACAAAGUGCGUGGACGCUGCAGAGUGGAGACCAAAGGAGACCUGUGGAGCGAGUGGAGCCAGGCCCUGCACUUCCAGACCCCGCCCGCUGCCCCUAAGGACGUAUGGAUCGCUGGGAACCCGUGCAUGACCCCAGGCAGCCCGGCAGCCCUGCUGGUGUGGAAGGCUCCGGGGCCCUGCGUGCAAGUGAGCUACCAAGUGUGGUUCUGGGCUGGAGAGAAGAUGCAGAUGCAGGAGGAGGUGCCCUGCUGUUCGUGGCCCAUCCCUGCCUGGGCACGGUGGGCCAGGGUGUCUGCCAAGGAUGGUGUCCCCUGGGUGCCCUCCACCAACCUCUCCUUGUUCUGCUUGGCUGCAGACUCUGCGCCCCAGAAUGUGGUGGUCAGCAGCAUUGCUGGGACCCCCGGACUGCUGGUGAGCUGGCAACAGGGGACCCAGGAGCCAUGGGAGUAUGUGGUGGCCUGGGCCCUGGACGGAAAAGCCCUGGAGGAUGUCAGCUGGACCCGGAUUUCUCUGGGGAACCACAGUGCUGUGCUGCUAGGCAAUUUUACAAGAGGGGUCCCCUAUCACAUCUCGGUGACAGCAGUCUUUCCUGAGGGCCUGGCCCCUGCUCCCUCUGUCUGGGGGUUUGGAGAGGAGCUAGCACCUGUAGCGGGUCCAGCAGUUUGGCGGCUCCCGGAUGACCCCUUGGGGACCCCCGCAGUGGCCUGGGGAGAGCUCUCAAAGCAUCAGCUCCGGGGCCACCUCUCCCACUACACCUGGUGUGCACGGAGUGGCUCCAGAGCCUCAGUCUGUGUGAACGUGAGCAGCAGCACCCGGAAGGUCACUCUGCCCGAACUCCCCUGGGGACCCUGCAAGCUGUGGGUGAUGGCGGCCACCAUUGCGGGACAAGGCCCACCUGGUCCCAGCCUCCAGUUUCACCUGCCAGGGAAUACUUUGAGCUGGGGAGUCCUGCCCCGAAUCCUGUGCCCAUGGGCCUUGUUCCUGUUGGUCUGCUGCCUGGGCCUGGCCACCUCUGGAAGGUGCCUUCACCUGAGACACAAGGUAUUGCCCCGAUGGGUCUUGGAGAAAGUUCCUGAUCCUGCCAACAGCCAUUCUGGCCACCCCCACAUAGAGCAGGUGCUGCAGCCCCAGCCCCAGCCCCAGGCCCCUGGGGAUGUGCCCAUCCUGGAGGUGGAAGAGAUAGAGCCGAUGCCGCUUAUAGAGCCACCCCAGGCCUCCACCCCAGUUCACUCUGGGUAUGAGAAACACUUCAUGCCUACACUGGAGGAGCUGAGCCUUCUGGGGCCCCCCAGUCCCCAUGUGCUGGCCUGAGCCUUGCCAGGCUAGGGCUGCAGAACAGGCUAAGGGUGCUUAUGCAGGCUGCACCCUGCCCUGGGUGAGCCCACCUAACAGAUGCAGACACUGAGGCCCAACAAGGCUGACCCACUUGCCCGAGGACAUGCAAUCAUGAAGAGCAGGGAUUAGGGGAUGCCACAGAGAGGGGCCCACCCUCAAUAAGGAAUGCAUGGGUGGAUGAAUGUGCAAAGGAAAAUGUGUGAUAUCGAGAGGGGAGCUGCCCCCCACAAUCUGUCCUGCUAGAACAGAACUGCAUCUGGGCAUAGUCCCAGCCUCCCUUGCAGCUGGAUCAGCCAUGGACUGAGUUCCCACAAUGGAUUGUGGGCAGAAGUGACAUGGGCCAAUCUCAGGAGCCGGUAGGCCUGAAACACUGGGUGGAGACUCCUCCACACGCUCUGUGAGCUGGAACAUAAACACGCUCAUGACCUAGCUUUGACAUACCCAAGGGGACAACCAAUGCAACAGAAUUUGAAUCCCUAAGUGACUGUAGGUCAGAGCCUGAAUCACCCAGUGACCAUAUGGAUCAGAGCCUAACUUCUCAAGUGACUAUGUACAUCAAAGCCUGAAUCCUCGAGAGACCACAUGAAUCAGAGCCCAAAUCCCUGAGUAACUGCAUAAAUCAGAGCCUGAAUCCCUAAGUGAUUACCUGGAUUAGUGCCUCAAUUCCUGAGUGACCACCUGAAUCAGAAACUGAAUCCCCAAGUGACCACCUGAAUUGAACCCUGAAUCCCCAAGGAACUUCCUGGAUCAGAGUCUGAAUCCCUGAGUAACUGCAUGGUCAGAAUCUGAGUCCCUGAAUGACCACAUGAGUCACAGCCACAAUAAACUUGUCUUUUUGCUGCCGUAGCUUGAGAGGAUUUUGUUACAG